AAUAAAAAGAUUCCGAAGAAACAAACGUUCGUUGCAUGCACUUUCUUGCGGUGGUAGAAUCAGGCCGUCUGGACGUUUUUGGCUGAAAAAGCAGUAUUCAAUUCAGUAUUGAUGGUGAAACUGUGAGCUGCUUUCUAUCAUUUCCAUAAAGUGCCUUAGAAAUAGAAUUAUGUCGCAGCUAAAUAAGGAAAAUAGAAAACUAUUCCUGCAACCGCCAGUCAACGGAAAACUACAGGCAAGUGGCAGUGCAACAACAACCGGUACUUUUACAUCCCGGUCAUUGAAACCGAUAAAUCCGUCCGGUAGUGGCGCGGCAUCCGAGUCCAAGCCACAAAAUGUGUUCAAGCUACCACCUCCGCCAAGUGCUGCCGUUAAAAAGGAACAACCGAAAACCUUCACAAAGCCGCAGAUUAGUGUCCCACAGUCAAAGGAAGAUCCACAGUUCAAAGUCCCCACUGCACCAUCAGUGACAGGUAAACCAAGAUCAGAAGGGCAGAAACCUAUCACCGGUUCUUCAACAGCAACGCAGGGACAGCAGCAACAGCAAUCGGCCACCUCAACCGGGGCACCGAACAAAGAGAAAAAGAGCUGGACCCUGAGCAACUUCGAUAUAGGGCGACCGUUGGGUCGGGGCAAGUUCGGAAACGUCUAUCUGGCUCGCGAGAAGGAAACCAAAUAUGUUAUCGCCCUGAAGGUCUUGUUCAAGAAGGAAGUCCACGCCCAGGGAAUCGAACAUCAGGUACGCCGUGAAAUUGAGAUCCAAUCCCAUCUGAGACACCCGAACAUCCUCCGGAUGUACGGCUAUUUCCACGAUGAAACUAGAAUCUAUCUAAUUCUGGAAUACGCACCCGGUGGAACACUGUUCAGCAAGCUGCAAACGCAGCCAGGGAACAAAUUCCCGGAAGAACAGUGUGCAGUCUACGUCAAUAUGCUGGUGUCGGCUUUGAUCUAUCUCCACGAGCGGAACGUCAUCCACAGGGACAUCAAGCCGGAGAACCUCCUGUUGGGCCACGGAGGAGAGCUGAAAAUCGCGGACUUUGGAUGGUCUGUUCACGAGCCUACCUCUACUCGGACCACACUUUGCGGAACGUUGGACUACCUUUCACCGGAAAUGGUCCAGGGGCAUCCCCACACGAAAAAUGUCGAUCUCUGGAGUUUGGGAGUGCUAGCGUACGAGCUGCUGGUGGGGCGAGCACCUUUCCACGCUACCAGCUAUGAUGAAACCUACAAUAAGAUUAUGAAGGUACGCUACGUGAUUCCUCCGGAAAUGUCCCGGCCAGCAGCUCAUCUGAUUUCGCGGCUGCUGGUGAGACAACCGGAGCAGCGCAUACCACUGGAACAGGUGGCCAACCAUCCCUGGAUCAAGCUGCACGUCGGCUCGAAGUAGUACGAGGAUAUGCGUUUUUAUAAGCGGUAGUAUUUUGUGUUCUCUUAUUGCCAUUUGAGUUGUCCCAUUCGAGUGAGAGGUGAUUGUCUUAGUUCUUUUAAACUGGUCUACGAAUUAUUUCGAGAGAAACGACUUAUGAGUGAGUACUCUAAUGUAUUUUGAGCGUUAAAUAAUGUAAUAAAGCAUAAUAGUAAGAAAAUUA